CACCCGUAGUUACCGUAAAACAAGACGUGUACUUGCUGCAUUAUUGUUGUUAUGUAGUUUCAUCAGAAUCGGGGAAAUACGUGUUAACAUCCUCACACAGACCUAAUCUACAACCAGUGUCCGUCAUCCGACUCACUUUUAAACGUUACUAAUGUGUUCAAGGCAUAAUGUCGUCGGAUUUGAUGUUAGAUUUUGUGAAUCAGUCGAUGAUGAAUAAGGAAGCAGGGGAUAUUUCCAUCGAUCAGGAUGGAGAGUGGGCAGAUAUCAGUCUGUUUGAUGAUCUGGAGGAUCUUGGGGAUGCUGACGAGCUUCUGGAGGCACUGGUGGAGAGUGUAGGCUAUGACACUUCUGUCCCUGAUCUGAACUUUGACAUUGAACACCCAGUGUGGAGUAGCCCUCGAUCAGACGGUGAUGUAACCGUGGACUCACUGUCACCAAACCAUACGCUCAGUUCAGUGUCCUCACCAGCGUCAGUUGAGCCCUACUCACCGUACUCCACACAUGAUGAGGCGCUCUCUCCAGUCUCAUGGCAAUCUCAGCCCUCUCCACUGUCUGUCUGUUCUGACUCGAGCGGUUUUGCUGAGGCACCCACUGAGAAGAAGCCUUCCAAGAGGAUCAAUCAGACAAAAGCAAAGCCUCUCCAACCCGCGAAGAGACCAAUUCAGGUUAGCCCCAAGGUUUCCAUUCAGCCUAAACCACUCAUUACCACGAUGCCCAUCGCCCAUGCUGCAGCCCCGCUUCAGACUAAAACCAUCAUCAUCCAACCUCUCCAGACUACUGUUCUACCGGUGGUGAAACCUCCACCUGUCACUAUUCAGCCAGCACCCCCUACAGGUCAACAAAUGAUGCUAUCUCGGCCCACUCAGGUUGUCCAGCUUCAGACGCCUCAAGCAGUGCCCACGCGUGUAGUCACUGUGCCAACGCUGGCUCAGGACAGAUCCAUAUCUGUUGUUGCCCCGGUAACAGCAUCUCCUAUGGUCGCAAUGACACUGCAGAAUUCCACCCAUGAGGAUGAUUCAAGUGCGUCUCGGAGACAGCAGCGCAUGAUAAAGAACAGAGAGUCUGCCUCUCUCUCCCGGAAGAAGAAAAAAGAGUAUUUGCUGACGCUGGAGGCCCGUCUGAAGGUGGCACUUUCGGAGAACGAGAAGCUGAAGAAUGAAAACGGCACAUUGAAAAGACAAGUGGAAGGCCUGAUGAGUGAGAACUCUGUGCUAAAAGCAACAGCUCCAAAAAGGAGGGCUGUGUGUCUUAUGGCAGUUCUGGUCUUCUUGGUCUUCAACUUGGGUCCAAUAAGUCUGCUUGGAGGAUACAGAGAGUCUACGUUUCCUGCUGCCCCUGGGUUCAAUGGCAGACACCUGCUGGGCUUUUCCCCUGAGUCAGAGAGAAUCCUCGAUUCAGACAGGCCUCAGACUGAUGCAUUUAGCACUGCGAACAGGUUGGAGGAUGUGCUAUCAGAGCAGAAGGAUCUGAUGGUGGUCAAGGAUCCUCUUUAUUUCAGAACUCCACCACCCUGCCAGCCACCCGUCAACAGGACCAAGUGCAUAAAGAUAGCGCAUGAGCUGAGAGGCUGGGUACAUCGUCAUGAGGUUGAGCGGACCAAAACCCGCCGCUUGAGCAACACUCAACACAGAGGCAGAACCAUCCCGAAAGCAGCAGAUAAACGGGCUGAGGUGCCACAGAUAAUGACACAGAUCCAGUACACGGAUUCCUCUGAAAAGGUUCCCAGCAGCGAGCUGCAGGUGUAUUACGCCCCUCGCCGCACCUACAAUGACUUCUUUGAUGAACUCAACAGAAGAGGGGACACAUUCUACGUGAUCUCUUUCCGCCGGGAUCACCUCCUUCUUCCUGCCAACAAUCACAACAAAGGCAGCCGCCCCAAGAUGUCUUUGGUCCUGCCAGCUAUGAAUUACAAUGAGAGCGUCAUAAAAGACAAAGAGUUUGAGGUGAUGAUGCAGAUCGACUGUGAGGUCAUGGACACCAGGAUCCUCCACAUCAAGUCGUCUAGUAUUCCGCCCAUAUUGCGGGUCAAUCAGACAGACACAGGCUCUUUCUAUCACGCGGCUCCCAGCAACAACCAGCCCGCCGCCCCAGUUGGAGUCCUUAUGGGUUCUUCUUAGUCCCAGCAAUCCACUAAUCCACUUAUUCUUCUGUGAAUUAGCCAGUUUUCCCACCAUAAUAAGCCUGCCUUUUUCUUUUCUUUUUUUCCUAUUCGCGUGGCAAACCAAGAUCUCCCCAAGGUAAUUGAAUGACAAUUUAUCUUAAAGUCACCUCUUCAAAAUGCUUAAAGUGGGCCAUUCAAUACUACUGAAAAUCAAAUUAGUCUUUAUUCCAGGCUAUUGUUUCCAGAGACUACUUUUACACAUCUAUCUUCAAAGGCAUCUACAUUUACAUUUAUGUAUUUGUUUAUGUAUGUACUUUUCAGUUUUGUGCGCCCUAGAAAUUUAUCACACAACCUAAGUGUUGUUGGUGACAUGUUCUGCCAACAGGAGCAUUCAUCUACCAAAUCUCCCACACCAAAGUGCAAUUGGGCUCAAUUAUCAAACUCUUCUCUGCCAUGUGGUAGCUGUCAGGGAUUUGUCUUUGAUUUUGUUUGCGCUGUGCUUGUUGUUUGUUUAUAACAUGUAUUGAAAUAUUUAUGAAAUUUGGUACCAAUCUUAUUUGGUGCAUCUUUAAUGGUCAAUAUCCUCAAACAACCCACCUGGGCUUUGAAUUUUGGUUUUUUGAAGUUUUUUGUUUUGUUACAAAUUAACUGUUGAAUAGAAAAGUAAGAAUUGAUUAUUUCCCUUUUGUGUCUGUGAAUAGAGGCAUUUUGUAUCAUUUUCUUGCUUUUUCCAUUCUUCUGAAUCCAGACAGUGAUGUAAAUAAAUCCCUCAAAAAAUUGUAAAGAAGAUAGUCUUUAGAUAACACUUCUGUCUUUUGAUUAGUCUAUGAAGCUUGAGUCUAAAUGCAAAUUUGGAAUAGCAGUUUUGGGAUUAGAGAUUGGGCAACAUCUGUCAGUUCUUUUAUAUUUUUUAAGACCUCAUGUUCAUCUUAGUGGUUUGAUUGCACUUUUAAUAAGGUGUACGUGACAUGAAUUCAAACACUCGUUUAUUUGAAGUUAUAGAAGAGACAUUAUUAAUGCUAAUAUUUUACCUGAUCUGUCCUUGUGUACUAUGUAUUCGUCUCUAUUAUUCUUGCCUGUUUAGAUGUUCGCUCGAUUCUUGUAUGGUUUAGGAUGCCGUAGGCAAGCUAUUUUGACAGCAGUGUAGUCGUUAGCUUGUCCUUGUCCAACUUGUUGUCACUUUCAAAGAACCAUUCCCCUUCGAAGACAAACUUGCCUGCGCUGACCAAUCAGCAUUAGAGCUCCUCGAGGGUUGUAGGAUUCUUCAUUAUUUGAAUUUCACAGAUUAUUAAAACUCAGGUGAAGCUUUGUUCUCAAAAUUCUGAAUGAUUAUUAGAAUAUUAAGAGAAAGUCACAUUUCGACCACAUUUCAGUAGAAAUGUCUGUGUUGUGUUCAUAAUUGGUUUGAAACAUGAGUUAAUGCUCAUGAGUUAAUUUCAUCAAAUCCCCUUUUCCUUUUGAGCAAUAUUUUUGAUGUUUAAUAUAUUCAAUUUCUGCAUUUUUGGAAAUACUUUUUGUUUGUUCAUGCAGUGAAAGAAAUGAAAGGAAUUUUGUAACAAAGUAAUAAACACUGGACUCAA